AUGAACAACCUUAUCGUUAGACCAUUCAUUUCAGCUCUUCGCAUAUUCCGCCACAUUGGCGAUGUUUCCAUGGGCCUGGCGUUGGAAUCAAUAGUUCCAAUCGAGGAGAAGACGUUACUAGCGGCGCAUGUGUCAAUGCUUCUUGGUCGAUAUGAUCAAGCCGAACAGUUGUUCCUCAAAAGUUCGUGCCCGAACGAGGCGCUCGCAGUGGGUCUCUAUUCUGACCAAUUGAUGCGACGCGACCUCCUGGACUGGUCAAAAGCUUUAUCGCUUGCUGAACAGCUUGCUCCAUCGGAAAUCCCCUAUAUUUCACGCGAAUACGCUCAACAAUUAGAGUUCAUGGGCGACUAUCCCAGUGCUCUAGCACACUACGAGCAUGGUAUUAUCGAGAAUCCUGAUGAGGAAACAGAACAGAUACUCGAACACAACGAGGUUUGUCGAUCGGGGCUUGCACGAAUGAGCAUCCGAACUGGAGACAUUAGAAAAGGCAUCCAAUUGGCUCGCGAUUUACACGGACGAGUGGUGAAGCGAGACUGCGCGAUUAUCCUCGAACAAUUGAAGCAAUACGGGGAAGCGGCCGACCUCUACGAAAUCGGUCAGUUCUACGAUCGUGCAGCAGCAGUGUGUCUGAAGGCAAAAGCAUGGGGCAAGGUUGGCGAACUUCUACCGAAGGUUAGAUCACCAAAGAUUCAUGCUCAGUACGGGAAGAUAAUGGAGGCAGAAAAGCGUUACAAAGAGGCCGCCGUGGCAUACCGAAAUGCUCGGGAUUAUGACAAUUUGGUCCGGAUGCUUUUGGAUCACUUGAACAUGGCUGAAGAAGCGGUAAAAGUCGUUCGGGAAAGCCGGAGUGUUGAAGGAGCUAAGCUGGUAGCGAACGCUAAUUUUGGCCGAUUACCCAGAUUCUUUUCCCAACUGGGCGAUCAUGCUUCGGCUAUUCGUUUCCUGGUGCUGAGUAAUUGCCAUCAAGAAGCAUUUCAACUCGCCGAAACCACAGAUCACAUGGCCGAAUAUGCUGAUUCUAUAGAAGCUGAUGGUGCCACCCAGGAUCAAAUGGCUCAACUUGCCGAGCAUUUCGCUGGCGUUGGUGAUGCCCAUAACGCAGGACGUUUCUAUUUGCGGGCGGGACAUUAUCGGGCUGCCCUCGAAUAUCUCAUGGCAUGCGGUGAGAACCACGAGUCACUUGUGCUGGCUAUCGAGUGUGUGGCAGCGGCCGGAGACAGUAAACUAACAGCCAGACUUACAGAUUUCCUCAUGGGCGAGGUUGAUGAAAUACCAAAGGAUGCGAAAUAUUUGUUCCGAUUGUAUGUGGCGCUUGGAAUGACUAGAGAAGCAGCAACGACGGCAGUGGUUAUCGCACGUCAAGAACAGGAACGCGGAUCCUAUACAAUCGCACGGAAUGUCCUUUUAGCCAUGUACCAGGAGUUGGUGGCCAAACAGAUCAAAGUUCCCUAUGAUAUGCAAAACAGCCUGAUGAUAAUCCAUUCGUACCUGAUCGUGAAAAGCCUGCUGAAAAGAAACGAAACGCUGAGGGCAGCUAGGAUGUUGAUCCGCACAACCGCCAACAUCAGUCGAUUUCCAGCCCAUGUGGUGCCGAUCCUGACAUCGGCUGUGGUGGUGUGUUCGAAGGCCGGUCUGAAGUCUGCAGCUCAUCGCGCUGCAGUCCAACUUAUGCAACCCGAAUAUCGCCAAAAAAUAGAUGUCAAGUACAAAAAGAAGAUUGAGGCUUUAGUCAGAAGAGCAGACAAAGCGGAUGAUGCCGACGAAACUCGCCCUCCAUGUCCUCAUUGUGCGUAUCCAGUACCAGAAACGGUAUUGGCAUGUGAUAAUUGUAAAUCCACAAUACCAUACUGUAUUAUUACGGGUCGACAUAUUGUGGACUCCGAUUUUGCUCAGUGCCCAUCGUGCAAUUUUCCUGGCUAUUAUUCUGAGUUCAAAAAAUUACUCGCCUUGAAUGAAGUUUGUCCAAUGUGCUCCUCAUCACUGAAGGACGUCAUGCCAGCAGACGCUUCCGCUUACCUGAAAAGCGACAAAACUAACUCUGAACAAGUGCCAUCUUGA